GUAUCCAUAGUAAACACCGCCGCUUUCACGCGCAGUUUGAAUAGGCCAUGGCAUUGCUGUCUUUGGAGAUUCUAUAAUAGUGGUUUGUGCUGAUUAGAAUGUUUAGAUGCCUUGAAAACAGUCAGCUACUGUGUCUGCGUCGAGACAGCGGAGAAAGUCGGUAGUGCAGAAUCUGAGCUAGAGGCACUGCAGUCUGGCUGGUUGUUUGUAACAUCUUGGCCGUCAUGUUAACCUGAUGGUGCCUGGAAACAUGAUAUUACGACGACUUAAGUUCAUCAAAAAGCGAACUCUGGCGGCUUACAUCCUGUCGCUGAGCUCUGCCGGUUUUUUCCUGUGGGUCUUUGUAUUUGUCUCUUCAAGCAACUCUGCACCCGGUGAAAGUGAUGGCCACUUGGUGUCUGGAGAUAGGCGGGGGGUGGACCAGAGUGUGAAUCCCGUCCCCAAGCCACUUCUGGCUGAUGGGCAAAGAUCUCAAGGUCUCUCCAGUGAUGCUGCUAAGGCUGUGUUGGCAGACGGUUUGAAGCCUGUUCUCAUCCCCAAUAACACAGUGCUACAUGCGAUGACGCAUGCUGAGCUGUCGGCUCUUUACCACAGAUACUUGAGCGUGAUCCAAGUGAAGUGUGAAGAGAUCCACAGAGUAGGAAAGGUGACAGAUGGCGGCUGGGAUGUGUGUGGGGAUAAGCCACAUGUGCCCAAGCCACCCUGUGUUGUCUACUCGUUUGGAGUCGGCGAUGACUUCAGUUUUGAUGAUGCUGUGGUGAAGAAUUAUGGGUGCAAAGUUUAUUCUUUUGAUCCAAGCAUGAAAAUGGGCAACAAGAGACGUGGCGAGAACUCAUUUUUUUACCAGCAGGGUCUGGCUGACUCAGAUCGCACGCUGCCGAACGGUUGGGUCAUGUCUCGCUUUGAUACUAUUCGGGCCAGUCUCAAGCACAUCAAGAGCACAAUCCACAUCGUGAAGAUGGACAUAGAGGAAUGGGAGUGGGAGGUACUGCCCGACCUCCUGACCUCUGACAGCCUCCGCAAUGUGGGUCAGUUACUCAUUGAGCUACACCAGUGUGAUGGUUGCUCCAAGUAUAACCCCGACCAGCAUGACAAAGAACCGCCCCGUGAGCGCUACGUCCACAUGCUGGAACUUCUCAGCCUUCUGUACCAGCAGCACUACCGCAUCUUUCAUCGCCAUGACAACAGUGCCUGCCGCUACAUGGACAAGUUCACCCAGACAGACAGAAACGCCUGCCUGGAGAUAGGAUUCGUGAGGGUUUCCUGAUAAUGUCGUAGAGGGACCAGUUGUGAUGUGUGGUGCACUUGUUUGCUGAUGCCUUCCUGUUCUUGCCACUGUGUUGGAAGAGCAUCUUUGAGGUUGGGGGAGAGGGGAGGGGGUAUAUUUAAAACCUUGGGGUAUUGUGCUGUGCCACCAGUGGCUGGCUGGUGGGAGAUUCUCUUUUUGGUCAAGCUCCCUGGCUGGGUUUCACACUAUUUACCUGAAGGUGAUGUUGAUAUUUUCACUGGUUGUGAGGCAUAUUGUUUAUUCCUACAAGUUAUAUUUGAUGAGCUGUGGGUGGUUCGAGGAUGCCAUUUUCCCAUGGUCCACUUUCUUUUUUUUUUUCUUCCUGUGGGAAUUUGAUAACCAUUUUGGUGGGGUCUGUUGAUCUACUCCUUUGUCUUCUCCUUUAUGUUUUUACGAUUGUCAUACUCUGUUUCUAGCUAAAUAUAGGUUAUGAUCGUACUGACUUGCCACAAAUUUCAACAUAGUUUUUAUUUUUUGCCCUAGUUUUUCUAUUCCUCACCACUUGUUCGCCAUUAAGGUGUUAAUGUACUCUUCUUCACUGAAAUAGUAUAUUGGUAGUUUACGUGUGUUAUUGGCAAGUACGAAAAUCCCCCGCAACGUUUUACAGUUAUUGUACUGAUAUUUGAAAAAAUAAGAUUGAGAAAAUGAAGGUGCUACAAGCCUACUCGAUGUACUUAGAAGAAGGAAAUAUUGGCCCAGCCCUGAGCAAAGACUGACUCAAAACUGUAUGGGGGCUGGAGGACCUGUAGCAAACUGCAGCCUUUGCUCUAGAGACUGGGAUGUCUGCUAAGACAUGAA